AUGGACGACGAGGUCAACGUACUCACACUUAAGCCCUUUCGCGACGUUGUCGAAGAGGCCAGCACGGCCGUGGAAAAUGCUGGCGAAAAUGACGUUAUGCGCAAAGCGGCGAAGAAGCUCCUCAGAGAAGGUGAAAAGGCAGUAAAGCUCAUCGAGCCCCAAUGCACCAAGCGACUCGCUGAAUAUGGCGAUAACUUCCUCAAUGCCCUUCGAGAAAAUGAGGAAAUCAAAGGACCCCGAGCGAAUCUAGGCCGUCUAGUAUACGGCUUCGACGAAUAUGUCGACGAGGACGAAUUCGAAGCCGACAAAUACACCGAGCUCCAGGCCCUCACUCGAGAGGUUGCUUUGAAGAUUUACGAGGUUUUAAUCAGCAUGAGACUCGAGAUGAAUUCUUCCAAAGAUAACCCUCAACAAUCAUUUCUCAACGAAUUUUCGCCUCCGUCCUCACCUCACCCCCCACCGAACUUUCCUGUACCGCCGACACCACCUCGUUCCUCAGUUCAAAGCGCAACCGGUGCGCCAUCUAGCCCAUUACCAGGAGCUCCGCGACGGGCAUUCCAAAGUGUUCAAUAUGCGAACGAAGAGCUCGAAAGCUUUCGCGACAGACAGCCUAGCAGCGUGCUAGGGCCAGAAGACGAACCGCUCGUCAGCCCCUCUCAGCUGGCUCCGCCUCCUCAGCAGCCGCCGCCACCUCGCCCGCCCUCAGCCAACCCAUGGGAUACAACUAUUGCCGGAUCAAAUGACGAAAUUGCGGUCGCAAUUAGCGGCGAGCCACUUCCGAGGCGACCGCUCGUCGCUCCUCCAUCACCUCGCCCUCCUUCUAACUCGGCGACAUCGCCCGUCAGCCCGGGUCAGCAUAGGCUCAGCCCUGCACUACAGCGCCGCCCGAUAGCAUCACCUUCUGUACCGCCACAAGGAGAUCCCGAUGCAUAUCCAUAUGAUGAAGCAGAGUGGCGCCGCCUCACAAAUCAGCAGUAUGGCCGUCAACCGCACAGUCCACAGCCCAGUCCGUCGCAUUUGAAUACAAGACUUGAACCCUUCCCAGAGGAAGGCAGCUACCAGGAGGGUCCUGAGAACGACCAAUCCGUUCGAGGAGCCAAGACGACGCAUCACACGCAUCAAGUGUCGCUAGAAUCUGGUUCGGUUGCUUAUGAUCAUGACCCGCAACGCGACACGUUUGGAGGCGCUCCACAACGUCGGUCGAGGACAGAAUCGGUUGCUGAAAGUAUCCUCGACCCAUAUCUCAAUAAUGUUCGCAUAUCAGACCACUCGCAAGAAUCUUCCAGGGCCGUCGAUCGCCCACCAAUGAUUCCCACCCAGAACGUGGAUGACGGCCUCAUUGUGGUCGAGUCUGACAGUCGACCAUCAGAACCAGCACCGGCUCGGUCACGAAAGGACUGUUCUAUUGGAAACAACUCCUCAUUUUACCUUUGCAAAGGCUUCUGUAAUGGAGCGGAAGAGGUUAUUAUGGGUGGCCUAGGUGUCAAGAAACAAAGAAGGCCAGUUGGGUUUACUGGAACAGCGACCGUGGCGCGUUGCACCAGCUGUGUCUUUGAGUUGUCUUUUCAAGAUAUUGAAAACGAUUUGGGCAAACAGAACUCUGGCAACUUACGGCAAAGCAAUGUUGGAUACCGUUUGCGGUUUCUCCAAAAGAGUCAUAUUCAAACUAAACGCCCAGAUGACAUCCUAUACGGCUGCUUAUUUUGCAUUCGCUUAGGACGCACCAUGGACCCCAGCGAUGCUACCGUUUUCUUCAACGUCAAGUCGUUGUUCAACCAUCUCGCGCGCCACCCCAGGCCACUACCCGAUAUACCCGGUGUAGUCAUUAUUGAUGGGCCAGACGUUCCUGAACAAUACCGCAACGAUUAUGACUUGCACUUCACGAAGCCACCAGUACCACAUCCCGCACUGGAGCAUGAACAAGAGACAGCCAUGAUGCCCACGGGUGUCGCCAAGGAACCUGCGCGCAGGAUGUACGGUCAGAGACUACUGGCAGACCGUACACCAGCUCUCGAGCUCGUGGUUGGCUCCAAAGUUACUGGUCUAUCGUGGCCGUCCAAGUACAAUGGAGAGUGGUGCAUGGGCUGGUAUGACGGUGUCAACGCCUCUGUUCCCUUGGAGGCGCUGAGGCUAGAUCCUCCACCGUCCCGCGAUAUUAAAAUGGAUGGAACAAGUCACGUCAGAGCCAAGUCGAGAUGGAAGUUUUCCCACAAGGACAAGGACAAGACGGAGUGGCUCAAGUUUGACAAGGACGAAAUCAUCACCAACAUUAGCUGGGUAUAUCCCGAACACUGGUGCUGGUCAGGCACAAACUCCAAGGGCAAAUGGGGCAUCUUUCCCCAGGCCUUCCUCGACACCAACACGGUGCAGGAGCUUUCGGCUGUCAACUCGCAGCGAGCGAGCAGCUUGAGCAGCGAGAAGAACAAGUCGGCGUCUAUCCUUCCGCGGUUCUCUGUCCGCAAGACGCAGGGCCCGCCGAGCAUUGCGUCGAGCCGAUCGUGA